CCGUUCGGUACGGACGUCGAAUGUCGCGCUCCGUAGGGGCGGUGUUUGCGGCUAUGCCAAGCCGCGGAAACAGGAUGCCUGCGUCCGUUGAACCGGAAUACCAUGUUGUUUUGCCGCCACUGCCUACAGGUUCGUGUGUUUUAAACACAGUUUUUCUUCACGGCGACGUGAAAGCGAGACCUUUCCGUGUCGAAGAUUUUCGCGACACGCUGGCUCAUUUGAAAUUGCUCCCCGAGGUGGUCGCCUUGGGGGCUUUCCAGAUGAACCACGUCUGGGCGGUGACGUUCGAGAGUGCAGAGGCGACAAAGAAAAUGCUGAAGUAUACGGAAGUUCAAGUCAAGGAACGACGAUGUUUGGUUGUGGAUCCACACAACCGGGAUGUCCGGGUUAAACUCCACUGGUUGCUGCACAAUGUGCACGACGAAGACGUACACGCGGCGUUUGCUCCAUACGGGAAAGUCAACGACGUCCAAAAAGAGCAAUGGCGUGUACCAGGCAUCACGGACAAGGGGUCGUCUAUGCGUACAGUGACCCUCAAGCUGAAGCCAGGCGUGACACGUGACGAUCUACCGCAUCAGCUACGAGUAGCAGGCAUAAUGGCGCUAGUGGUCGUGCCAGGUCGUGCUCCACUGUGUCUUCGGUGCAACCGUACGGGGCACAUCAGGCGCGAGUGCCGCGUGCCACGUUGCUCUGUGUGUCAACGCUUCGGCCACGAAGAAAGUCAGUGCGUGCGCACGUAUGCAAACGUUGCGGGGCCAUCGAGAAGUGAGGAAGUCGUCAACGAGCACCUCAUGGACGAAGUCGACGCAGAGGAAAGUGCCAGUGCGUCGAGACCAUCUCUGGCGCCACUUUCAAGGAAAGACCCAGCCACAAAUUCUACCAAACGAGAUGUAGAGCAGGUGACGAGUGAAGCCACACCGACAUCUGGCAAGACUACAUCAGCUAAGGACGCUGAAACAAGUAAUGACGCAAGUACAAGCAAGCAACCCUCCGUAGCAACGAGUGAGGACGAUUCAAGCGUAAUGGACACUACGGAAACCAGCAAAGCAGCGGCAGCGGCCAAAAGAACGCACGAAGAAAGUACCGGCGAAGAGCAGAAUGCGAGCACUCAAAGUGCGGGCGAACCACCUGUGAAGACAGCAACUGGUCGGAGGCCAACCUUUAGACCAACGCCAACCAUACCGCCGGACAGAAAGGCGGCGGCGACGCAGCGGACUUAACAGGUCGUGCGUUCGCGUGUUUU